CGCACACCCCGCGCGCGUCGCGGUCGUGGAGCAGUAAGUCGUGGUCGCCUGUGCAAAUGGGCUCGGUGGCUUAAUCCCCCCUCCCCGCCCCACGCCACCCGUGAUCCUGCCCCGAGGCCCCGAGGGGUCGCCGCCGAGCCCGGAGCCGCCCGCGCGCCCGCCCCGCUCCGGGGCCUAAGCCGGCGGCUCCGCUCGUGGGGAGCGCCCCUGCCUGAGCGGGUCCCCUGGUAACAAGCCCUCCACGCGUGCAAGUUUCCACCAGGCCACAAGCAAGAGCAUGGCAGCCAUCCCCUCCAGCGGCUCACUUGUGGCCACCCACGACUAUUACCGGCGCGGCCUGGGCUCCACUUCAAGUAAUGGCUCCUGUGGAAGUGCUGAGUACCCUGGGGAAGCCAUCCCCCACCGCCCAGGGCUUCCCAAAGCUGACCCAGGCCACUGGUGGGCCAGCUUCUUCUUCGGGAAAGCUGCCGUCCCAUUCAUGGCCACUGUGUUGGAGUCUCCAGUGCACUCAGGACCUCUCCAGACCCCCAGCGGCAUGAUCACUUGUGACCUGACUCAGGGCACCAUGACAAAGCAGCCUGGCAGCCCACCAGCAACACCAGCGCCAGGCCCCUCCUGAAUGGCCACCACAUGGGCACACCCCCCCACACCCCUGCGGCUUCCCAAGGCACCGGGCAUCAGAGCCCUCCCUGUCCCGCCCAGUAGACUAGGCAGGCUGCCAUAAGUGGAGAAGUGGUUGAUUGUUUUUUAUGUCAAAAAAAGUAAAACACCAAAAAGAAGUCAA